CCAUGUUAUUGACGAUCCGCCGUGAUCGCAACUCAAGACGUUACUUGUGUUGAUUACGAACUUCUAUUGCAUGCCGUGUUUGGUAACGGUCGAAAUGGGGCUCGAUCGGAAAAUUUUUGGAAGGAUCGAGCUUGAUUGAUCCCGGCAGUGGUCCACCGCAUGAACUAAGAACAUGUUCUGAACUAUAACUCCCAGUACUAUGUUGAUGGAUUUGAAUCGAAUCCUUGCUAGAUUCCCAUCUCGGCACUUUGUUUACUGUUUUGCAUAUGGAUCUGGUGUGUUCCAUCAAGCCGGCCGCACCGAACGUGCUAUGGUUGACUUGAUAUUCGUUGUCAACAACACGCAUGGCUUCCAUCAGGACAAUCUAGAUGCUAAUCCAGAUGACUACUCAUCGAUUCGACUUCUAGGACCAUCAGUUGUAUCUAGUCUCCAAAAACAAUUUGGUGCUAAUGUGUACUUCAAUACACUCGUAUCAGUUGGUAAUUUAACAUUCAAGUACGGCAUUAUAGAUGUUCAAGAUUUCCGCCGUGACCUCCAAUCUUGGCAUACACUAUAUAUAGCUGGUCGAUUACACAAGCCAGUGUUGACGCUAUAUGACCAGGGAUUAAGUGAAUUAGUUGAAUACAAUCUUAAAUGUGCUGUGCACGCUGCAUUACUUCAAUUACCCAAUAAGUUUUCAGAAGAAGACUUUUAUACAAUGAUUGCAGGACUAUCGUACCGAGGAGAUUUUCGCAUGAUCAUUGGUGAAGAUAAGAAUAAAGUGUCAAACAUUGUACAACCUCAAAUUGAGAAGUUCAGAUCAUUAUACACACCAGUCUUUAAAUCAAUGAGUCAUAGAUUGUCUAUACAUUGUUCGUCUUUUGAACAAGAGAAUAGUUUAGAAAGCAAAUGUUAUCAUUUACAAAGGUUACCACAAAAUUUAAAAGAUAUUUUACACAGAUCUUAUAAAUUUAAUGAUCUAGUAAAUGAUGAGAAUAAAACUUUUCGAGAAUUAGCCAAGCGGGAAGAUGUUGGUAAAAUUGUACGUAACGGUAUUUUUAGGAUAGUGUUUUAUUCAGCCCUUAUGCAAAGUAUAAAAGGAAUACCAACAGCUGGCUUACUUAAAUCGAUUGUCUAUAGCUAUAACAAGUUGAAUAAAAUGGUCAAAUCUAUGUUUUUAUAGUCUGUUUAUAUAAAUAAGACUGCGGAUAGUAUAUUUUGUUGUUAUAUAAUUGUAAUUUUGUUGAUUGAAAUUAAACCAUAACUUGUUUAUGUAACCUUAAAAAACUACAGUAUACUUA